AAUCACAAAUGUUAUCAUUCGAACAUGUCCUUUAAGCAAGACGCAAAAUCUGUAUUUAGUGGUUUAUCUAUUACAGAUAAGCUACUUCCACUUUUGAUUAUCCUUGCUAUUAUAGUUGGGGUGUUGAUUUCGGUGUAUGCCCCUUCAAGUGCAGAUGCUUUUGAGGGAGCCCAAGUCGUUGGGGUUUCUGUUCCGUUAGCUGUUGGUAUGAUAGUUAUGAUGGUACCUCCGUUGUGUAAAGUAGAGUGGGAGAAUUUCCAUAAUUUUUUCAAGAAAAGCACAUAUUUACGUCCACUAUUGAUUUCAUUAUUUAUAAACUGGAUUAUAUGUCCAUUUAUCAUGCUUGCGUUCGCUUGGUUGGUUUUAUUUAACUACGAUGAGUAUAGAACGGGUAUUAUUAUGAUUGGAAUAGCAAGAUGUAUAGCCAUGGUUUUAUUGUGGAAUGAGAUUGCUCUAGGAGAUAACACCCUCUGUGCUGUACUUGUGCUUAUCAAUAGUUUGUUGCAAGUUGUUUUGUACGCGCCAUAUCAGUUAUUCUUUUGUUAUAUUAUCAGUGGUGAUCCUAUUCCGAUCGACUCUGGUGUUUCCUAUUCAAUUGUGGCCAAGAGUGUUGCUUUCUUUUUAGGAGUUCCACUUGGUUUUGGUAUCAUUAUAAGGUUCGUCUUGAGAUAUUUUAAGGUAUAUGACAAACUUAUGCCAUUUAUUAGUCCUUGGGCCUUGAUUGGAUUAUUAUACACCAUUAUUGUCAUAUUUAUAGAUAAAGGGAAAGAAUUUAUCGACGAGGUUGGAACGGCUUUCCUUUGCUUUAUUCCAUUAACGUUAUACUUCAUCAUCUGCUGGUUUGUUACAUUCUUUGGAUUGAAAUGGAUGUCCAAACCUCUUAAAGCGCAAUAUGAUGAACGUAAGAGAUUGUUGUGUGGAUGUGAAGAGAAAAUUGAGAAACAUCCCACGAAAUGGAAGAGUGCAUGUUCUGCUAAUUAUUCACAAAUCGUGACCCAAAGUUUUACUGCUGCAUCCAACAAUUUCGAAUUGUCCCUUGCUAUUGCUAUUUCCAUCUACGGCUCCGGAAGUAAGCAAGCCAUUGCCGCUACAUUUGGUCCAUUAUUGGAAGUGCCAAUCUUGUUACUUUUGACAUUUGUUGCUAGAUAUUUUCGAACUAAGUUUAUUUGGGUAGAUGUCGAAGAUGAAGAAGAGCCAUAGUACAUUACCAUAAUUUAUCUAUAAAAUUUGAAUAGUAAUACCUUAUUAAUGUUGAAAAUUUAAUUUAAUUUCCAAAAAGGAAUCAAACUAUAGUUAGUUUGUGUCAAUAUGCCAACCAUUUGUCAUGAAGAUAGAAAUUUUUCAACUGUAGGAAAUAUUGUCACAAAGUGAUCCAACUUCUUACAUAUCUUGGGUGUUCCUCAUGAUGUGCACAUGUUUUGCUGACCAACACAGGAAAUUAAAGAAAGCUGAUACUUAGAAUUGAACCCACAUGGUCAUGUACCAACUAUAGUUGAUGAAAAUGUUACGUUACGUGCAAGCAAUUCUAAUAGAAUAUUGCAGACAAUUACGACAAAGACAAUAAAUUUAACUACUCACAUGAUGAUUUAUUGUACUGGAAACAACUAAGAUGAUUAAUCUACUAGUCUACUCAAUUCUGCAAUGCGUUAGCUAGACUUCUUUUCUACAAGAAAGCGGUAGGAACAUAAGAUUAUACUGCUGUUGCCCUUCUACCUUCUGCACUACAUAAAGGAUUGUAUUGCACACAUACUAUUUGAACAUAAAUACUUAACGAAAGAAAAAUAAUUUCCUCUAUGUACCUUCAAAGUGAUUUCUUGUCAGGAAUAUAAUUUUUCUAAUCUUAUAAAUAGCAUACAUUACAUGGUUCUAACUGCCACAGUACAGUCUCUCCCUUUAUUUUAAAACUAGUAGAAAUAAACUUUCGUACUACUACGACAAAAAUUAUUC